UCAUAGACUGUCCGAAACAGUCCAGUUUGAAUUGGUACGGCGACCGAGCCAGCAAGAGCGAGAGAGAGAGAGAGAGAGAGAUGUGGCCGUUCCACAGGCGAGGGCCGACCGGCUUCUCCUCCUCCUCCACGGCCGAGGAAGUGACGGAGGGACUCGAUGGGAGUGGCCUGACUGCCAUUGUUACAGGAGCAUCAAGUGGCAUUGGCACUGAAACUGCACGUGUUCUGGCACUCCGUGGUGUUCAUGUUGUUAUGGGAGUGAGGAAUUUAUCUGCGGGCCAUAAUGUUAAAGAUGCAAUCAUUAAGGAUAUCCCCACUGCAAAAGUUGAUGUCUUGGAGUUGGACCUGAGCUCAAUGGCAUCAGUAAAGAAAUUCACUUCACAAUUCGGCGCUCUAAAUCUUCCACUAAACAUCCUUAUUAAUAAUGCAGGAAUCUUGGCAACUCCCUUUAUGUGUUCACAUGAUGGUAUCGAGCUUCAGUUUGCAACAAACCACAUUGGUCAUUUUCUUCUCACUCAUCUUUUGUUGGAAAAGAUGAAGAAUACGACACGCAGCUGUAAUGUUGAGGGCAGGAUAGUCAAUGUUUCAUCUGAGGGACACAGGCUUACUUACCUUAAAGGCAUUCGUUUUGACAAGAUUAAUGAUAAAUCAGGGUAUUAUUGUUAUUUUGCUUAUGGGCAAUCAAAACUUGCUAAUAUUUUGCACACAGUUGAGCUAUCUAAACGUUUAAAGGAAGAAGGGGUGAAUAUAACAGCCAAUUCACUACACCCAGGAGUCAUUGUCACUAAUCUUUUCCGUCACCAUGGUUUUGUGAAUGGUAAUGUACAAAAAGAAUUACAAUGCUUGCAUUAUUAUUUCCGUCACCAUGGUUUAUUUCUUCAGUGGUAA